AUGGAUGAUUUUGUUCGGAACAAAUUAACUGAGUGGGGUCUCAGCGAGUUGAUAGACACAUUUAAAGAUGAGGGCAUUGACGAGGAAAGUCUUCAUGAACUUGGUGAUCAAGAAAUUGCUGAUUUGAUCCCAAAACUAGGACCAAGGGCAGUAUUCAAAAAGUACCUCCGGCUGUUGAAGAAACAAAAGACAACAGAUCCAGAAACAGUUGAUUCCUCUGCUCAAGAACAAAAGAAAACAGAUCCAGAAAUUCCUGUUCAUCCACAUUUUUGGACAGUUUCUGCUUCCACCAGCGGCACAAGUGAUAAAGGAAAGAGAAAGAUGAAUCUUCAGGACCGGUCCAGCAAAUUGCAGCCGCCAACUAGAAAACCACGACUUGACACUAAACCAGGAUCACACUCAGAAGGAAUCAUACUGUCUGAUGUGAAAACCAUCAUGGGAUGUGUCCAUCAGAAACUGCUUAAGCAAGACAACAAGCUCAACAACUUCCUCAAGCAAAGCAUCCAUGAUUUGGAGACAGACAAGAGGGAGCUGGUUGGUCUCUUUGGUAGAAGCGGGGCUGGGAAGAGCUCUUUGAUAAAUGCAAUCAUUGGAGAGAAGAAUCUCUUGCCAUCUGGAAGUGUCAAAGCAUGUACUACAGUCAUGAUUAAAGUCGAGGCUAACAGGCAGAACAUGAAGUACGAGGCACACAUUGAGUUCAUCCCAAAAGAGGAGUGGAAAGAUGAGUUAUGGACCUUGCUGAAUUUCCUCGAGGAUAACGCGGAUCAGGAGAAUGACCAGGAUUAUUUUGACACCGUUGAAAAGCUGUCAGCUCUGUAUGGAGAGGAAUGGAAAAACAAAUCUGCUGAAAAUCUCAUGGAAGACAAAUAUUUCGAAGAAAUACCAGAAUUUCUCCUUUCUCAGAGGAAGAUUUUGACAUGUGAAACAGCUGAAGAGCUCUCUAAGGAAAUUGUCAAAUACACAAGAAGUGACUCAACAGACGGAGAAGGUGAAGGAGUAAAGAGGUGGUACUGGCCACUGGUGAAGUGUAUGACUGUGAGGGUGCCAAAAAAUAAAUUUCUCCAUCACGUCACACUUGUGGAUCUUCCUGGAAAUGGGGACUAUAACAAGAGCAGAGACAAGAUGUGGAAAGGGUUUGUAGGAAGUUGCUCUACUGUGUGGGUUGUGGCGGAACUUAAUCGAGCAGUAGCAGAGAAGGAAGCCUGGGAGAUCCUGGGAAGUGCCAGCAGCCUCAUGGGAAAUGGUGGCCAGUGUCAGCGCAUUGACUUUAUCUGCACCAAGUCAGAUCAGUCAGCAGCUGUUGAUCGUGAGAAAGCCAAGGUAAAAGUGAGAGAAAAAUUCAACAAUCUAAAGCAGGUUAAGAAACAUCUCCGUGAUGAAUAUUUGGAAGUGUUCAUAGUGAGCGCCACAGAGUUUCUUGAAAAGAAAGAUGACACUGAGAUACCCAAACUUCAGGAAGUUCUGCAAAAACUCAACGACUGUCAGACAUUAAACUAUGUGUCUGGAGCUCUUGGGAUUCUCUCUCUGAUUCAAGGGGCCAGCCGUAGACAAGGGGCUGACAAGACAGAUGUGUGCACAGAACUUGAAGAAAAGAUGGAGCAUGAACUUCAGAAUGUCAGAGAAUCCAUAGAAGAGACUCACAGGUCUUUUGAAAGAUGCCUCAGUGAGGGUGUCGAAAACUCCAAAAGUUCAUGGAAAAGAAACUUAAAGUCAGUCUUACAUCCUCCUAAGGUAAAAGGUAACGCUUUACACAGGACAUUGAAGUGUGUAGUUCAUAACGGCGGCAGACACAAACCAAGAGGAAAGAGAGAAAUCAACCUGAACAAGAUGUUGGCUUCAUGUCUGACUGACAGCAUUGAUGAGGAAUUCAAGAAGACCUUCCCAAAUGAAGGAAAAAGUGAACCAUUUAAUGGGGUCAUCAACAAGUUUUCACUUGGCACAAAGAGGAUGAUGGGAGAGAGGCAAAAGUACAAAGAUGUUGAACCGCAACUUAGAAUGACCCAAACGCAGUACAAAAUAAUUAAGACAAAACUGAAAGAAAUCAUCCUGGAGCGCAAGAAAAUGAUCUACAGCAGUCUGAUGACGACAAUUGAGGAAGCCAUGCAAGAAUGCUAUCAAAGAGCAGCAGAAUUUACAGGAGAGGGCUCAAUGGACAAACUGAGGAGAACUAUUAUGAAACAUGUACAUUAUUCAGGAAACAUCAUGUUUGAGAAGGCAAAGAAUGAAAUGUUGAACAAACUGGUCAACCUGAAGAUGGAGAUCCUGAAGAUACUGAAGAAAACAAUGCAGGAAUCAAUUGAGCUGUCACUCAAGACAGAUGGUGACUCAAUCCCAGAUGUUCAAGCGGAGCUUGAGCUGGUGAAGAAGUACUACAAUGAACUGAUGGGAAGCCCAGGUGAUGAACCUCUUGUUUGGUUUGCUCAGUGGAGAGAAACUGCAGAGGCCUGAUCACCCACUGAAGGUUCCUGCAGGCAUUAGAGAGGAGAGGCUUCUGGAUUUAGUCUCAACCAGUUUUGUCAAGUUAUUAUCCCUGUUUUUAUAUGUACUAUUGUUGUUUGGUGGUG